CUCGUCCCAGGUCACCGUGGUAUUCAAGAUGGCAGACCAUACGUAGCAAAUAAACAGGACGAUUUCGCCACUUGUUCUAAACUCGUUUUACAGAAGACGGUAUGAGAUUUUAAUUUAUUUUCUAUGAAAAAGGAAGCCAAGUUUUAUGGGCGAUGGGCAAGGAUCGAGACAAACAGAGAACCAAAGGCAAUGUGAAACCAUCAAGCAGCGGCCGAGCUGCAGCCUUAGUCACUAGGGAUGGUGCUAUGGGGUUUGUUGGGUUUGGGGGACAAGGUGCCACUACCUUGGGCUACGUCCCCCUUCCUGCUAGCCAAGGGGAUGAGGUGGAUAGCUCAGUGGACUCUGACUUUAGAAUGGUGAUGAGAAAAUUGACUAAAAGAGAUGCAGUCACCAAGCUUAAGGCCAUGCAAGAGUUUACUGAGCUGUGUAAAAAGUCUUCUUCAGAUGCUAUUGAGGGGGUGCUACCAUAUUGGCCUAGACUCUUCAAUAAACUAGCUGUGGAUACUGACCAUCGUGUGAGGGAAGCAACCCAAGAUGCAAUGGAACAGCUUAUGUUCCGAGUGGGGCGUGGCCUUGCACCCCACCUUAAGUCUGUCAUCAGUAUAUGGAUGAGUGCACAGUUUGAUACCUAUGCACCAGUGUCGUCAGCAGCACAGAGAUCAUUUCAGGCUGCAUUCGCCCCAGAAAAGCAGAAAAAUGCAAUAGUAUUUUGCAAAGAGGUUCUGUGCGAGUUUGUAAAAGACAACUUGUUAAAUCAGACAGCAUCUACUCUAUCAGACCCAAAAUAUGUUGCAGAAGAGGACCGAGAAUCAAAGUACAACCGGACCAUUUCAUCGUCCUUACUGGUCCUAGGCCACCUCAUAUCCACCUGCACAGAUGACAUAAACAUGCAGAUGAUCGACAGUUAUCGAGACAUUUUUGAUCAGAAGAAAUUCUGGAAGUUAAUAAAGCAUAAAUCUAUCCAUAUAAGAGCAUCCAUGUUCUCGUUAAUCGCCACAAGCUGCCAGCAGAUCCCCUCUCUCAUGCAAUCCCUGAGUGCGCAGCUCUGUCCUGCAGUGAUGACGAGUAUCGACGAUAUGGAACCUGUCGUAUCCUCGCAUCUUUGGGAUGCAAUCCUUUCUGUUCUACAAUCCGUUCCUGAUUGCUGGGAGCAGGUGAAUAUUCGCAAGGCUGUUCUCCCAAAGCUGUGGUCUCUGCUUAAGAACGGAGGCAGUGGAAAUGCAUCAGCCAUCUUCCCGAAUCUUCUACCAUUUAUCAGCAAGCUCCCAGCACAGGUUCUUGUUGGUGGUUUUUAUCGAGAGUUAUUUCCCAGCAUGCGUACCGGGCUCAGUUGUGAGCGUGUGGUCAGCAGUCCAACCCAACGAGCUGUUGUUAUGACAACCUAUAUGGAGUGUCUGCGAUACUGUUUACUGCGUUCAGCGGGUGCGGGUGAAGAAGCCAAAUUUGUGCAAGAUUACUUAAUAAAGGACGAGAUGAUGUCCAUUGUUAUUGAGUCCCUGGAACCUGGAUCUAGCCUACCCAUCAUGCAAUUCUACACAGCUCUAGCAGACCUUUUGUCCUUCCUCGCUACGAGUAACCAAUCAGAUCUCGUCUACUAUAAAGACGUAUUUGAUUGGUUCUGGGAGGAGCUUGGAAGACGGUGCAUUACCUUGAUAGAUGGUUGCACGACGGAAAAGUCAAGCCUACAAGUCUCCAACGCUAUCUGUACCUGUCUGACUUCCCUCAAAUCCCCAUCAAAGUCACAGCAAACCACAAAGAAAGCGAAAGUCAUGUUCACGGACUCUCUAAAUAUAGACGAGAAGGACAACAAUACAAAUACUACCAAAGAACUCAUAUCUUCUCACGACAACUCCAAUGUAGAGAAACUAUACAAUGGCAAGUUGCUGGGCAUUGCAUGUGGACUUUGCAAGUUUUGUCUCGAAGUGUGCAACUCUGAAGAGAGUGAAAAGGCGAUUUGCUGUCUAAGAAUUCUGUCAGUAGUUUUCCCAGAAUUUAUUUCAGAACAAUUAUUGUUGAUUUUGCGGAAAAAUGACGUUACCCUGAAAGGGGAGAGACCUUUUAUAGAGUUCCUGGAUUCAGUACUGUAUCCGUGGAUACAAGAUUCUAGGAACAAGAGUGACGCGCAUUUGCAGUGCGCAUUGGACAUGUUUUAUGGAAUUUUGAGAACCUUCUCUGAAAAAGAGCAAGUUGAAAAAAUAAAUAGUAUCAUAAAGAUGGACGAAACAGCGACUUUCCUGUUCAUAGUUUUAGAAAAGGGUGUCUCGGCGCGGAUUGCAGGAGUUCAUGAAUGGCUAUGUAGCGAAGAGGCUUGCUUCAGACUGAACGCCAUGUUGUCAAGACUUGGCAAGCUUGUUACAGAGGAGGAUUGGAGCGAUGAGAGAGAUGCUAUAUGGAGAAUACUUCAGCUGUGUUUCCCAUCCGAUGAUACAGAAACUCGUGUCAAUUGCACGUGUGUCGAUGCCAUCUUCGAAAAAUUCUUAGAAAUGCUGAGGCCCGGGGCGACUAUUAAGUCAAAUGACCUCGACCAGAUGUUGUCAAUAAUGCACGCCUAUUUCCGGUCCUUCGAAAAUUACGAAAGAGAGCUCAGCUCCGUGACUGAAGACGUCCUACUUGCUCUAUUUUUGCUACAAUUUGGAGAGACUUUAGCAAGUAAAGCUCACAGUGCUUGGCAGAGUGGGCUUAAUGCUUUAGUUUGUCGGGGGUCUGGUGUGGACAUGCUGCUGGUACGGGCGGCCGCCAUCAUAUCCGAUCGAGUGAAGAAUGCAAACAGCGCGGCAAGUGUUCUAAGUCUCUCUACCAUCGCUGGGACGUUGUUGCGUGACAUCCUGUCUCUGUCUACGGCAGAGAACCGGAUGCUAGCGACCGCUAAGAAGGUCUUGCAUGGUUUCACUGGAAAACUUGAACAAACAAGGAUUCAAACACAGGCGACAACUACUUGGCAAGCUGUCCCGAUACUUCUCUACCAUCUGCCAAUCACCGAACCUAUACCGGAAAUACGUCACACAAGUGUCGUCAUCUCGUCCUCUCACAUAAAAGCUGUUUCGUUCGCUGUGAGCUUAGUUCGGAAUAUCCACGCUGGAACUGAGGGGACUGUGGAUUCCGGAUCACUGCUUGAUAGUUCGGUCGCUGUCGAGGUACUACUGGAAGAGAUGUGGCAGUUCUGCUGGUCUCAGUGUGUUAACGCGAGUGAAGAGCCCUGCCUGCCCCUCCUUGAAUGGUUGAAGAGCUCGACAGAUGAAAAGCGCCAGCUGCUACUACAUACCGCAAUAAGUCGGUCGCGCGAACAAGGCAUGAUAUGGGGACUGGUGCUUAGUCACGUGCUCCGGGAACUAGAGAAAGAAGCGCAGCAAUCAUUGGACAAACAGUCACUUGUAGAGCCCAUUCUCCUCUCCUUGUCAGACGCCGUAGCGGGAGACCAGAAGUCACCCGAAGAUGCGGAAGUGCAGGCUUCUAAAGACGAGCAAGCAGUAACCACGGCCUAUUCGUCAUCCUGCCCCAUGUGGGAAACACAAACGCUUGUCAGCAUGUUGUCAUGCGCAGAAGAGAUAUACACGGUCAAGACUGUAACAGACAGGGCGUUGGGAUGGAUCGGCGAGAAGCACAGCACUCAAGUUUAUGCGCAUGCACUGUCCCUUUUGGCAUCCAGUCUCUCUCGGUGGUCUGUCCUUGUAUCAAGUGGUAGAACGCCUACUGUAGACUGCGAUGUCGCGGACGUGGAAACGAGGCGAAUUGAGUAUCAGAUGACCAUGUGUGACGUCAUGAAUCAGCUGAUGGAGUGGAGAGCUGCGCAUGAGCGGACACUGCUGCUUAACGCCGAUAUGAGUGACGUCACUUCUGCUGAGGUUACGGCAAAUCUUUCCAUCAUCCGGGUUCUUGUUCUUGCAAUCCAAACUACUGCUGAUCAGAUGAGCUCUGACCAUUGGGAUUUUACCCUGUGUGGCCUGACCGCAUGGCUGCAGACCUGCCAGGAGAACCUGUCCAUGUUAACAAGCUCCUUGCUGUGGAAUGCCCUGGCCGUUUACACUUGCCAUCUCCACACCACAGUCGCGAGCUUUUUCGACGAGAACAGGGCAAAGCUUGAAGAACUAAAACAGUCCCAACAGGGGGAGGCUGAGGUGAAAGCUGGAACAGACUCUAGGGACGAUCAAGCCUCAGGCCCUAUUGACGAGAAAAGCACAGGCUUCCCGCCUAAUCUGAUCGGCGAAUGGGACGAGUUCUUCAGUGGGAAUGUUUUUGGCACUGUUUUGGCUCUGUUUCUUCAUGUGGCAGAUCAAACAAACCGCGAAGCAGUGGAAGCGACAAGAGAUUGCCUUCUGAGGAGCCUGGGUCGAGCUGUCACUCACACUCCAACAAGAAUUCUUCAUGAGUUUAAGUUCGAUGGUGCGCAUGCUCCCGGUGACGAAGACGCAAUGCCACCGUGGGCUGAAGCUCUUCUUCACCGUUGCCUGGCUUUGAUGACAUCAGACGUCAUCAGGCUUCAAUUGGCCUCGUACUUUUUGCUACUCAAGGUGAUGCCAGACCUGGCGACUUUAGAAAUCUCGAAGCAAACGACAGAAGGCGAGGAAGAGACUGGAAGAUCUCCGCCGUUCCAGCUCAUCGCAACGAUGGAAGCCGCCCUCGCCCACACUGAAAGCCUUCUGGCUGACGCUAUGGUGAAAUUCGGUGAACAUCUAUCCGUGGCAGACGAUCAUGAAGCGCAGGCUGCCCUCAUCACCCUUACUCUAUCCUCCAAGCUUUUACUCGCAUUCUUUCGCCACGCCAACCCCGAGAGCCGUGUCGAGUACGCACACUUUCUCCGCAAAUCCGCGAUUAUCAACAAACUACUGCGCGUGCUUUUCUAUCUGAUGCCGCUUGACAAGGCAUCCGUGAUUGCAGACGACUACGAGGUGAUGUGUGACGGUGAAGUCACGGAAGGCUCGAUCCAGGACCUUGCUCGCAGCCUGUAUUUCAGUUUGCUGCAUUGGAUGCCCGCGAUAGCAAGGCAAUGGUUUAACGGACUUGAGAAGAAACACGCGACAAUAGUAGACAAGUAUACGUCAAACGCAGUAACACAAUUGCUAUGUCAACGUGAGAUGCAACAGGUCCAGAGCUCGUCAAACAAGUUUGACAACAUGCAAGUGAAAACGAGGCAAAGUGCUGGCGAGGUCGCAGCUGUGUAUACGGUAGACGAGAUCUCCAUGGAGCUUGUAGUCAAGCUCGCAAAUAAUCACCCGUUAGGGGUGGUGACAGUCGAAAGUGGUAAGAAAGUAGGAGUGACGACUGCCCAAUGGCGCCGCUGGAUGCUUCAGAUGACGACAUUCUUGACUCAUCAGAAUGGCAGUAUUAUGGAUGGACUCAUCCUAUGGAAGAGAAAUGCCGACAAACACUUCGAGGGCGUCGAGGAUUGCAUGAUCUGUUUCAGUGUUAUUCACAUGUCUAACUACUCUCUACCCAAAUUGAGCUGCCGGACCUGCAAGAAGAAGUUCCACUCGAUUUGCCUGUAUCGCUGGUUCAAUACGAGUAACAACUCCACGUGUCCUCUCUGCAGGAACAUAUUUUAGAACAUAUAAAAACAGCAGCCGAAAAUGAUAAAAUUAUUCAUCCUGUAUGCUACGAGAAGCCAGAAGCUUUAGAUGGCAGCUUAUAAGGAUCUCUGCAAGGAGUUAUGCACCAGCUUAAAAUAACACAGGCUUUCAAACCUUAUUAUGGCAACUGAUAUAGCAAAUGAAUGAAUAAAUAUUAUAUCAGUGUGUUAAUAAAGUUGCUAUGCAUCUU